GAACGAUUGUUGAAGCCUGAAGGCCUGUGGGAGUGGUAUAUAAAGGAAUUCCAGGAAAACCUUCAGUAGUUAGUAGCGGGAAACGGAAAUGGCAUUAAGCAAUUCGCAGAAGGAGCUUCUAAACCUAAUCCGCGAUGUCUCUACAGAAAAAUCUCAAGGAGAGCGUAAGAUAGUAAACCUGAAGCGGGAGAUUCAACAGCUCCAAUCGGAACUUGACUCUGUGAAUUUGGAGCUUGAAGAAGCCAAGCGCUUGAAAGAAUGUACUGAACAGGAGCUAAAAGGCUACGAAGUUGAAUUGGCAAUGAGCGAAUCCUCAAUCCAAGCUUUACAGGGACGGAUUUCUUUGAUACAGGAUGAAAUAUUUACAGUUGGAUCUGAUUUGGAGGCACUUAAGAAUGAAGAAAGGGCUUUGCUAGAUGACUUCAUUGGCAAAAUGUUUGACCUUAAUGCAAAGAUUAGAAAGUUCCAGCAGUCUGUGGAUUCUGCCACUAUUGAAGCAUUUAACAGUGACACAAUCUCACAACAUGUGGACAUGGUAUAUUCUAAUACAAAAGAAACUGAAGAAGCCAAAAGAGAUCUUGAAGAUAAGCUUGCUCAAAUAAUCUCUGAAACCAACAUUGAAGAAGACAAAUUUCAAUCAGAACAAAUUCUUUAUAUGCAGGAGAAAAAAGAGCUUGAGGAUUUGAACCAUAGAAUAUCUUUGAUGGAAGCAACGAGAAUGCCCUUUUGUCCAUCUUUGUGUUUUUCCUUGACAAGAUCUACAAAGACAUCUAAAUUGGAAGAAGCAUACGCUUCCUUUGAAAAGUCAGGGAAUCUAAUUUUUGGUGAUGUGUUUGUUUCUUUAGAUUUAAAAAAGAAUGCAAUUUAA